ACUACCACAAUGGCCAAUAUCCUGAUCAUGGAUACCGUUCAUUUGAAGAAGUUGUGAAGAAAAAUGGGUCAUGUCGUAGUUCUGUUCUCAUCUCAAUUUUGCAUCUAGGAAAGGGAAACUGACAUGGACUUGACAGUUAUUUUUGUUUGUUUUUUUGCAGUGGAGAUGAUGAACAAGCUGCCUACAGCCAUGAGCGCCAAUGGGCAGCAAGAAGGGAAGGAGGCCCAAGGAAACAAGAAUAAGAUUGGUGGCUUAGUACUGAAACGUGGACUCUUUAUGCAUCUCAGUAGACCUUUCAGUUGCUUCACUCCAAAGGUGUUGCCAUGCACCAUCCUGCUGGGCCUGCGUCUGGGGUUUGACAACUUCACCUACGCUUGGGGGAUCUCAUACAUCCCAGUUUCCAUUGCCACCUUGCUGCUUUCUUCUCAACUGGCCUUCACCACAAUCUUUGCCUGCUUGAUCGUCAAGCAACCAAUGAAUUUUUCCACACUGAACUGCAUUAUUCUGCUAACGUUGAGCUCUGCUCUUGUGGGCAUAACCAGUAGCCAUGAAACUCCUGCAGGGGUGACCACUUUCCAGUAUGCAAUGGGAGUUAUGUCCACAAUGAUCACUGCCGUUCUCUUUGGUCUGUACCUCCCAUUGCUGGAGCUACUGAACGACCAUUUCAGGAAGAAGCAGGUGGCAGUAAGUUUCAGCCUUGUGUUGGAGACCCAGAUUGUGAUUCAGGCCACUGCCAGUACAUUUUCUUGUUUGGGUAUGGCUGUGUGUGGGGAUUUCAAGAAGAUCAUGGCAGAAGCAGAAGGAUUUGGUCUUAGGCAGCUGAAGUAUUGGCUGUGUUUGGUGCUUGGGGCAAUUUCAUGGCAGAUGAACUUUGAGGGGUCUGCGGGUUCAUUUUCUUGACAAGCUCAUUGGUGACUGGGAUCUGCACGACUGCACUCAUUCCAGCAAACGUUGCAUCGCCUGUGAUAUUUUUUCAUGAGGCCUUCAGUGCAGAGAAGGGGUUUGCUGUGAUCCUGUCUAUUUGGGGUCUCUUUUCUUACCUGUUUGGAGAGUACAAACAAAACAAGGCCAAGCCCAAGGGUACUACUGUACAGCAGCAACCCACCUUAUAGAGUCACCAUUCAAUUUUGCUAUAUAUCUAUAUCUAUAUGUUUACUUGUUUUAUUAAGGUGGGCUUAGGCUUACGGUGGACUUCAAAGGUGUGAAAUAAAAUGGAAAAAACCCAUACAUUUUAGUGGGUUUUCAUCAAGGAUAAUGUGGUGUUUGAAUGGAGGACGUACGGGCGAGACAAAAAGUCUCUUGAAUUCUCUCCUCUUCUUCGGUGCUCAUCGUAUCUCCGAUGUUCAUCUUAUGUGUGGCGGCACCCAUCCGUCAUGGCGGGAGAUCUACUGUUAAUGCUUCUAAUGUGUAUUCGCUAUGGCACUCAAGGUCAAACGCUUUUCUAUUGAACCUGAAAUUUACAAAUUUUUAUCCAAGUAGGGCUCUUCAAUGAAUCGAGCUAACGAGCUCGACUUGAACUCGCUGCAAUUGUACGCCAAACUAGAUCUUAAGGCACGUGAAUGGGAAUGGAAAUUUUCAUUUACUCUUUCAAACAAUAUUCAA